AUGCAGGCUAAAGACAGUGAUCCACCAGACGGUGGCUAUGGAUGGGUUGUGGUAGUGUCAGCCUUCAUGGUGAUGGGCCUCACUGCUGCUGUCCUCAAGACUUUUGGUCUGUUCUUUGUUGAAAUCCAGCAGCACUUUGAUGAACUUGCAAGCACCACUUCUUGGAUCACAUCAGUAACCAUUGUCGUCUUUCAUUUAGGAGCCCCUGUUGCCAGUUCACUGUGUGUACAAUAUACCCAUCGGACAGUUGUGAUCACUGGAGGACUUCUGGCUUUUUCUGGAAUGGCAUUGGGAUUUUUUGGACUCAACAUGGUCUGGUUGUAUGCAACAACUGGCUUCCUACAGGGUCUUGGCAUUUCUUUUUCGUGGACACCAGCCAUUAGCAUUGUUAGCCACUAUUUCUCCAAGAAAAGGGCUUUGGCCAAUGCUAUUGCCAGUGCUGGAGAAUGUGCCUUUGCAUUCAUGUUUGGGCCACUUUUCCAGUGGUUAAUUGGUCAAUAUGGAUGGAAAGGUGCCCUCUUGAUCAUAGGUGGCAUCCAACUCAAUAUUUGUGUCUGUGGAGUACUGAUGCGACCCCUGGCAAGCAGCUGCUUCCUUGAGGCCAGCCAUUGUGAAACUGAAACAUCACCUGGCAAUGGUGCAUCCAGGACAGACAAAGAAGAUCAGUCUCCCAUCACACCCAAAACCUUCAACUGGAUGCUUGUGAGGCAACCAGAAUUUGUACUUUAUGCCAUUUUUGGUAUAUUAGCUGCUAUGAGUUUUUUUGUUCCUCCAUUAUUUUUAGUUCCACUUAGUUACAGCCUGGGAAUAGAUGAAUCAUGGACUGCAUCCCUCCUAUCCAUUUUAGCUAUGGUGGACUUUGGAGGCAGAUUGCUGUGUGGCUGGUACGCCAACCUCCACAUUACCAAAACCAUUCAUUUGCUGGCAAUGGCAAUUACAUUGAUCAGUACUUCCCUGAUGCUCUUGCCACUGGCUAACAAUUACCUUUCCCUGGCAAUAUUCACUGGCUUCUAUGGAUUCUUCUUUGGUACAACAGUCGCCAUUCACAUUACAGUGCUAGUAGAUGUUGUAGGCAUGCCAGAAUUUGACAGUGCCCUAGGACUUUUCAUGCUUAUUCGAAGCACUGGAGGUUUUGUGGGGCCUCCUCUAGCAGGUCUGAUUGUGGACAUGGCUGGAGAUUACAGAGCAGGCUUCUACAUGGCAGGAGCCAUUCUUGUCCUAUCAGCUGGAUUUUUAAUUAUUUUAGAUCGACUCCAACAGAGAAAAAUAAGAGGAAGCAAGAUUAGAAUUAAACCAGAAAAGUCAACGUUACCUUACCCUUCCCUCCAUAUCCUGAAGCAUCAAACCAGAAGGUAUAGAGAGCACAAUGUAGUAGUGUGA